AUGUAUCCUGGUGUAACAGAUGUGAAUCGGUGCGUUUUCAUCGAUCGUACCAUUUGCCUCAAGACCUUUCGACUGAAUUUAAACAAACCACCUCUGUCGAUUCUCCUGAUUUUCGUCAAGUCCUCAUUGUCUUCGAUUAAACUUUCGUCUAGCGCGUCCAUCCACCUCGUACAAUAUUCACGCUACCCAGACAUGUGGCGCAAUGGCAAUAAAGUCACUGGCACUAACGAUGCACCCCUGGGUGCUCAACGCAGAUGGGGCGGUAGUUCCGAUUCGAGAGACUCCGGCGCUUUUGGUGGUCUAGGUGCACCCACUUCAUAUACUGCAGCACCAUUGUCCAAUCGUGAUGACGAGCCGCCACUGCCACCACCACCGCCUGCCACCAAUGCCCCCGAACCCCCACCUGCCGAGCGCAAACGAAAGAGCCGAUGGGGUGCCGAGACCGAGAAAGUCAGUGUGGCUGGACUCCCAGUCGCGAUUAAUGGAACAGUAGAUGCUGCCGAUCUGGAUCGAUACGCGGCCACUUUGCGAUUGGAGCAGGUCAAUGUAAAAUUGCGUAGCGGUGAUGUAGUACCUCCGGAGAGAGAACGAUCUCCGUCGCCUCCACCCACGUACGAUGGUCAGGGUCGUAGAACAAACACUCGUGAAUUUCGUUACAGGCGCAAACUGGAAGACGAGCGGACAAAAUUGAUAGAGCGCCUUAUCAAAAUCGAUCCCUCUUAUCGACCACCUGCAGACUUUGAAGCUCAAAAGAAGUUUGGUGGGAACAGAUCAGGUAGACCUUCAGAAAAAGUAUAUAUCCCUAUCAAAGAAUUUCCAGAAAUCAAGUUCUUCGGUUUACUGGUUGGACCUCGAGGUAAUAGUUUGAAGAAGAUGGAAGGCGAAAGUGGGGCUAAGAUUAGUAUCAGGGGAAGGGGAAGUGUUAAAGAGGGCAAAGGUCGUAAGGAAGAAUUUGCGGGUGAUGAUGACGAUGAGAUGCAUUGUUUGGUCACGGCUGAUACACAAGACAAAGUUGAUAAAUGCGUGAAACUAAUAAACAAGGUCAUCGAAACUGCUUGCUCCGUGCCCGAAAGUCAAAACGAACAAAAAUUGAACCAAUUACGGGAACUUGCCCAAUUAAAUGGAACCUUUAGGGAUUUUGAGAACCAGGUUAUGAAGCUCAUUCCUGAGGCAUCUAUACUGGGUAGAAUCUGUGGAGGCGCGGGUCACAUGGCGAGGGAUUGUACUCAACGACGUGGAUUCAAUGGUGGUCAAGCCGGCCCUAAUGGAGGCGUGGCGCAAGCUUUUGAUUCUGAGUACGCGUCUCUCAUGGCAGAGUUGGGCGAGACUUCGAAAGGUGCUUCAGGAGAAGACGGCUCUGGCGAGAAGUCAGAAACACCCAAACACCAACCCAAUUGGAAUGGCCCAACUUCAUCCAUGGAUAAUGGAAAUGAUACACCUGGACCGCCUUCUGCGAGCGUUCCCCCAUGGAGGAUAGCAUCAAACUGGCAUCCUCCUCAGCCGCCCCAGCAACAUCACAAUGCGGGCUAUGGCCAACGAAACAGUUACGGAUUCAAUGCUGGACAUCAUCACGGCCAAAACCAACACCACGGUCAUCAUGCUCAUCACAAUCCUCAUCAUCAACAUGGCAACCCGCACCAUCAUCCUCAGCACACGCCUCACCAAUACUCUCAAUCUCAACCCCACCAACCGCCUCAACACAUGCAACAAGCGUAUCAUCAAAACAUGCAGGCACCAGCUGCAACCCCCGACAGCAGCUUAGCGGCUUCGGCGCCCGCUUUUGUGCCACAAAGCAGUUACGCCGGAUAUUUUGCUCAAUGA